GUAAGAGUGUUUCAUAGGUAUGUGUGUGAGAGUGUCUCAAUUAGUUAUGUCCUAAACGGCCACUCAUACUGUUGUGGUGGUGGAGAAGACAUGUCGAUAACUGUUGUGCACCAGGUUGCACAAAUAAACGAGGCAAAAAUAGAUGUACGUCGUUCUACCGCGUUCCUAAAGAUGCGGAGAGGCGAGCUAAGUGGAUCAGCGCCAUUAAAAGAGCCAGGAGCAAGCAAAAAAAGGCUGAAAAAUGGGACCCCCCGGCUGUUGGAUUCCGCUUGUGCAGCGAUCACUUCAUAUCAGGGAGAAAGAGUGAUAAUCCCUUGAGUCCGGACUUUGUUCCAUCUCUUUUCAACUACGUUCCAUCUCCAGAGAAGAGGAAAAGAAAAAUGAGACUGGAGGUUUUCAACAGAAAGCAAAGCUACAGAAGAUAGAGCAGACAAAGCUAUCUGCGAAAGCCAUCCCUCCCAGCUUCAACUUUUCUGCCAUUGCCUCCUCUGCUGGGUUUGAUUGAUCAAGUAAGUCAACAUUUCUGUUAAUGGACACCUCGUCAGGCAUUAUCCCUUGCAUCUUGCUCAUGUUACGUUUAUGAUACAAUUGCCUUUGGAGCACAGAAGAUUUCAUUGCAACCUCAUUACAUUCCCUCCAUAUUGGUUUCUGCUUCCCACUUUACUCACGCAGUCACAACACAUCAAUGGAACUAAAGCGCCCUGAUGUGGCAUGAAUGGUCUGCUAACAAUAAUGAGAAUAAUAAUGCCUCACACAUACAUUUUCCAGAAGGCCAUUUCAUGUAGCCGAAUCAAGUAGAGCAUCACAAAUGUUUUUUUUUGUCUAGUUUGUAGCAAUGAAACAGACAACACCACUAAAGUAUAUUCAGCAAUGUAUUUAUUUAAAAAACAACAUUAGGAGCAAUGAUUAGGAACAUUACAUUAGGAACAAUGAUCAAUUGAUUGCAACCUGUCUUUCUCAAAUGUCUCUUUUAGAACAAAAAUGAAUAGAAAGACUCUGCCUGUCUCCUCAAACGCCUUAAGACGAAGGGCACGUGUUGACGUCCAAAAAAGGCUUCUUGACAUUAGGACAGACAUGACUGACAUGGACAUGACGGCAAUGACGGCAGAUUACAGAGUUCUCUCUGAGGACACUGCUCCUACCUCUUCAGCUGCAGAUGCAGAUGCAUUUGAUUCACUUGAAGAUUUAAGUGAAGAGGACAUGGAUUUUGAUGAUGGGGAUGGGACAACAUGUUCAGAUUCUGAACCUGAUGUCCCAUCAGAUUCUGAACCUGAUGUCCCAUCCCCAUCCCUUUCCGAUAACAUUGCCAACUGGGCAGUGAGAUUUGGCAUUUCAAUGGUUGCCCUGACUGCGCUGUUGAGCAUACUCAACAUAACCCAUCCCAAUCUGCCCAAGGAUGGUAGGACCCUUCUCAAAACAAAAGUCCACUAUGAUAUUCAAGAGAAGGCUGGGGGUAACUACCAUCACUUUGGGAUCCUUUCCUCCUUAAGGAACACUUUAAAUAAACACGUCAAAAUACUGACAGAGGGCAUGACAUUGGGGCUGCAGAUUAAUGUAGAUGGUCUGCCUUUAUUUAAAAGUUCCACUUUACAGCUGUGGCCGAUCCUUGGAUUGCUAGUUACCGUCCCUAUGAAGGAACCAGUGGUGAUUGGGGCGUACUGUGGACCUAAAAAACCAAGUUCGGCCACAGAGUUCUUAUCAGAUUUUGUGACUGAAUUAAAGGAGCUCGAGGCUGGGUUUUGCUUUGGUGAUAAGAACCUCACAAUUGAGCUUCACACAGUAGUGUGUGACACCCCUGCACGGGCCUUUGUGAAAAAAACAAAGGCCCAUAAUGCUUACCAUGGGUGCGAUAAGUGCCAACACCCGGGGAAGUACCAGAAUCACCGCAUGUCGUUCCCUGGACCAGAGCACCCCCUUAGAACGGACAUGUCAUUCAACUUAAAGCUCGAUGAAAUUCACCACCAUGAGGGACCUCAUCCAUUUCAGGGUAUCAAGAUAGGCAUGGUAACACAGUUUCCAUUAGAUUACAUGCAUUUAGUCUGUUUGGGCGUUGUUAAAAAAAUGCUCCAGUUCUGGCUCCGGGGUCCUUUAACUGUGAGAAUGCCUGCACUGAUAGUUGACAGGAUUUCACAUGAACUCCAGUCUGUCAGGCCGAAUGUUCCAGUUGAGUUUGCCAGGAGACCACGGUCACUUAGAGAGUUAGACCGGUGGAAGGCAACCGAAUUCCGGCAGUUUUUACUGUACACUGGCCCUGUGGUGCUGGCGGGAUUCUUGGACCAGAAUAUGUAUUCUAAUUUCAUGCUCCUGUCAACUGCCAUAUCGAUCUUGGUAAGCCCUCAACAUCACAGCCUUGUAGACUAUGCUGGCCAAUUGCUGAAGUCUUUUGUUGCUCAUUUUGGUGAGCUGUAUGGGACAGACCAAAUUGUUUACAAUGUUCACUGUUUGGUCCACCUAGCAGACGAGGUGAAUCGACAUGGCUGUUUGGAUACUUUUUCAGCGUUCCCGUAUGAGAACUACCUCGGGAAAAUAAAAAAACUCGUAAGAAAACCGGAGUUCCCACUAGCCCAGCUUGUCCGGCGCCUUUCAGAGGUUCAAGCUAGGAAAUUGGAUGUUGAUGCAGACAUCACUCUAAAAAGGGAGCAUUUUGUGGGGCCAAUUGUUGUUGGGAUGGGAGUGCAGGGCCAAUAUGGGGAAAUGAGAUGUGAACGAUGGACAGUAAAAUGAUCAACAGGGGACAAUAUAUUUCUGGUGGGGGAGAAAGUCUGCCUUGUCAAAAACAUCAUCCAAAAUGAUAAUGGUGUGUUCAUUGUAUACACUGAAUUUUCCCAGCAGUCGCCAUUUUAUACCUACCCCUUCAACUCCGACAUAAUUAACAUAUUCGUUGUCAAACAUGCAUCUGAUGAGCUGAAGUCGGUUGAGGUGUCAUACAUAAUGAAUAAAAAAAACAAUCAGUUCAAUCAAUCAAUCAAUCAGUUUAAACAAUCAGUUCAAGUUAAAAACUCUAAUUAUAUAGUUGCCUACUGACUAUGAAUCAGUUCAUUCAAUCAAUCAAUCAGUUUAAACAAUCAGUUCAAGUUAAAAACGAAUUAUAUAGUUGACUACUGCCUAUGAAUCAGUUCAAUAAAUCAAUCAGUUUAAACAAUCAGUUCAAGUUAAAAACUCUUAAUAAUAUGGUUGACUACUGACUUCUGACUAUGACUUCCAUUACUUCAUUACUCUUGCUGUAAGUAUUCCAGAAAAGGUGGUAUUUUUCCAGGUAUACACUACGUGUCUUGUUUUUUUUAUUACUUUAUUUUAUUUAUUAUGUUUAUUUUUUUAUUUAAUUUUAUUUUUUCCACAAUGUCUUGUUUUUUAAACGAUUUAUGAUGACUAUAUGCUCUGUAAGGUGACCUUGGGUGUCUUGAAAGGCGCCUCUAAAUUAAAUGUAUAAAACACACACACACACACACACACACACACACACACACACACACACACACACACACACACACACACACACACACACA